CGCGGCCAUCUCUCUCUGGCUUCCGCCACGAUACCGGCCCGUACCGACUACCGGCCGCCGCUGCGAAGCAAGCGUGGGUGAAGCGAUUUAUGUAGCUGGCAAGAUGGCGACGACGAUGGAUGGUGUUUUCCGCGAGGAAUUGCGCGAUGCAGUUUUACACAGCAAAGUCCUCAUCGUCGGCGCCGGCGGUAUUGGCUGUGAGAUUCUCAAGAACCUGGUGAUGUCCGGGUUCGCCGAUAUCGAGAUCAUUGAUUUGGAUACAAUUGACGUCAGUAACUUGAACAGGCAAUUCCUAUUUCAAAAGAAACACGUGGGAAAGUCAAAAGCCAGCAUAGCAUGUGAAACGGCAUUGACAUUUAAUCCAGAUGUCAAAGUGAUACAUUAUCAUGACAGUAUUACAUCAUCGGAAUUUGGCUUGUCUUUCUUCAAGAGGUUCACAGUGGUUUUAAAUGCUCUUGACAACAGAGCAGCCAGAAACCAUGUGAAUCGUAUGUGCCUGGCAGCAGACGUGCCACUAAUCGAAUCCGGCACCGCGGGUUACGAAGGCCAGGUCGAACUCAUCAAGAAAGGUCUGAGUCAGUGCUACGAGUGUACACCUAAAGUUGCGCAAAAGACCUAUCCUGGCUGUACCAUCCGCAACACACCCAGCGAACCCAUCCACUGCAUCGUAUGGGCUAAACAUCUCUUCAAUCAAUUGUUUGGGGAAGAAGAUCCUGAUCAGGAUGUUUCUCCGGAUACUGCAGAUCCUGAAGCGGCUGAUACUGCAGGAGAAGGGGCUUUGCAAGCGGAAUCCAAUGAUAAAGGCAACAUCGACAGAAUUUCCACACGAAUUUGGGCCCAGUCGUGCGACUACGACCCGGAAAAACUGUUCACAAAGCUCUUUCAUGACGACAUCAAGUAUCUGCUGAGCAUGGACAACUUGUGGAAAAAGCGCCGAUCACCGACGCCCCUGAAUUGGCGGGAACUGCCAGACGGAGUGGCCGGAUGCAGCAAGGAGAUUAGUCAGCCCGGGCUGAAGGACCAGCAACGCUGGAGCAUUUCCAAGUGCGGUUCGAUUUUUGCGGAAUCGAUGAAGAGUCUGAGCCAGACGUUGAAGUCUUCUCAGGAAAAGUCACCGGGCAACCAUUUGGUGUGGGAUAAGGACGAUCAGCACGCUAUGGAUUUCGUUGCCGCGUGCGCCAACAUUCGCGCGCACAUCUUUGGAAUUCCUCAGAAAAGCAGAUUUGACAUCAAAUCAAUGGCCGGCAACAUAAUCCCAGCGAUCGCCACCACCAAUGCUAUCGUCGCGGGCAUGGUGGUCCUUCAUGCCUUCCGGGUCCUCGAGAACAAUCUCCGAGCCUGCAGAUCCGUCUACCUGCGUCUGAAGAUGAAUCACCGCAAUCAACUGCUGGUUCCGGAAAAGGCGGUGAAUCCGCCCAAUCCGCAGUGCUACGUUUGCGCGCCCACCCCGCAGGCCGUGCUGGCUGUCGACACGUCCAGCAUGACUAUCAAAGAGCUGGAGGAGCUGGUGCUCAAGAACAGACUCAACAUGAUCGCCCCCGACGUCAUGAUCGACGGAACCGGCGCCGUCGUCAUCAGCAGCGAGGAGGGCGAAACGGAGGGCAACAAUGACAAGAAGCUGGAGGAGCUGGGGAUCAAGGACGGCGCGAUUCUCAAGGUCGACGACUUCCAGCAGAAUUAUUCGCUGACCGUCUUUGUGGUUUAUCGGGAGAAACCGGGCCCGAAGGACGACAGCCCGCAAUUUGUGAUACACUCAGAUAAGAACGCGCUUCAGCCGAAGGAGAAAGAGGAGGAAGAGAAAACGGAGAAGUCUUCCAGCUCUAACGGACAGAACGUGACGUCCGAUGUGAUUAAGAAGCGCAAAAAUGACACCGACGCGGAGGUGGCAGCUAAGAAACGCAAGGUGGAAGUUGAUAAUGGCGAUGAUAGCGACGACAUUUGCAUUAUAAAUAAUGACAGCGUGUUCCACGAUAAUUCAUCCGAACUGAACAAAUCAACGUCAUCGAGAAAACGAAAGCUUUCCGACGACACUGAUGAUUGCUUGAUAGUGUGUGAUGAUGAUAACGAUUAACUCCGGUCGAGAUGAGAGUCAAAACGAAGGGAAAUGCGGUUUGAAACGAAAGGACUCUAAUAUAUUUGAAGUUUAAAUCGAAAUGAAAACAGAAAAAAACAGAAAGAUUUUUAAGAGAACGAGAACAGAAGAGACAAGUAAAGUAAAACUGUAAGAAAUAAGAGAACAUUUGUGCGAAGAUUAGUUUAGAAGUUAUUUUUAACAUUGUGUGAUUUAUAUGCGGCAGAGUGAAGUUUCUUUAUUUUUUCUAUUAGUGACAUAUGUGUUUUCCACAACAGUUAAUUUAAUUUUGUAUAAUGAUGAAUAUAUGCUAUAACGUAUCAUCAUAUUGUCAUUAGUAUCAUUACUGUCGUUAGCUUAAUCAUUAGAAAAGAAAAAUAGAAGGUUUUUUUUUCUUA